AUGGCAUCCAGAUCCAUUGGCGCUCUGCGCCAGCUCGGCGCAGCUGUUUCGUCAGCGUCUCGCACCUCCACUCGUCCCAUAGCUGCUCCCAUCGCCAGGUCUUUCUCCACAUCGUCCGGCCUUUGGAACCAGUCCACGUCUUCCUCCGUGACACUUGACCACCUGCAUAAACAAUCCGAAACACUCGCACAAAGCAGCUCUAACGCAUCAUCGGACGCCGCCUCAGCAAAGGACGAAGAGCAGUUCGUGAUUCCGGAGUGCUUGCAGCCGACCCAGUCGCACGCACCGACACACGGUGUGCACGUUGCGACGCUGCAUCUGCGUUCAUACGCCGACGGUGUUCCGAACCUCGACCUCUUUGCCGACUUUGCGCGCAAGGCUGCAUACGCGAUCGGCAUUCCUGUGAGCGGCGUGGCGCAUCUGCCCACACGCACAUCGUUGUGGACGGUGCCGAGGUCGCCGUUCGUGCACAAAAAGUCGCAGGAGAACUUCUGGCGAAAGACGCAUUCGCGCAGCAUCAAGGUGUUUGAUGCCAACGACCAGGUGGUCGACCGAUGGCUGCACUUCCUGCGCAUCCAUGCGCUCCCCGGUGUCGGACAGAAGGCCGAUCUCUUCCGCUACCACGAGCUGGGUGUGGGCGACAAGCUGAUGGACGAGGCAAAGGCGCUGCAGCGCUCCGGGUCGUCCGACGCUGCUGAAUCGAGCUCAAAGCCGCAGGUCGAGUCCAACCAGGCUACCUCCACCGCCGAGAGCAUCAAGAAGAUCGCCGAUGGCAUUGUCGAGCAGGAGAUGGCACGGGAGGAGCAGAAGUGA